CCAUCAGCCGCGUGCGUCUGCGCGCACCGGGCUGCGACAGAAGGAGUGGCUGAGUGUCUGAGUAGGGGAGAGAGAGCGAGGGAGAGGGAGCGAGAGAGAGGCAGAGAGAACGAGUUAUUGGAGGAAUUUUAACGCGCUCACACACACGCGCAUCCUUCCCACGGUCAAUGGAUCUGAGUGCGUGACGCUCUGAAACACCAGCAGGACCAAACCAGGGAGCUUGGAGUGCCGCCGGUGUGUUCUGGGUCGAGCGCUGCAGUCAUGGGCACGAUUCUGUCGCUGUCGCCGAGCUCGCGGAAGGGGGGUGUAUGUGUCGAUGAAAAAUUGGACCUUGCGACCGGCGGUAAACCUGAGAAAAGCUUAAAGAAACGUCACUCCGUGCUGCUCCACGCGCUGACAUGGAAGCGGUUGGUCGCUACCUCCGCAAAAAAGAAAAGCGCUAAAAAGGUGAAUCCGAACCCUCCAACGAGCCAGGCCCGGCCGGACCCGUUGGUAGAUCAGCUCAACACUGACAACCUUAAGAAAUCCAUAACAAAAGGGAUAAAUGACCAUAAACCUGGGCCAAAGCAAGGACCCAUCGCCGUCCCUGUGCCCACCGUUCCAGACCAAAACCGUCGUCAAACACAGAACGGUCGGCCUCUACUCUCUCCUAGGCGGGUGGUGGUACAGGCUUCCACAGGAGAGCUCCUCCGCUGCCUCUCAGACUUCAUGUGCCGCCGCUGCUUUAAACUCAAAGAGCUUUCCCCGAACGAGAUCAUCCUGUGGUUCAGAAACGUGGACCGGUCUCUGCUUGUCCAGGGCUGGCAGGACCAGGGUUUUAUCUCCCCAGCGAACCUGGUCUUUGUGUAUCUGCUGUGCCGGGAGGCCGUAGAGGAAGACACGGCUUCGGAAUAUGAGCUCCAGGCCACCUUUCUCACCUGCUUGUACCUGGCAUACUCCUACAUGGGUAACGAGAUUUCCUACCCCCUCAAGCCAUUCUUGGUGGAAUCCAGUCGCGAAGCGUUUUGGGAUCGAGCCCUGGGGCUUAUCGAUAAGAUGAGUGGGCCAAUGCUUCGCAUCAACGCUGACCCGCACUACUUCACCGAGGUGUUCCAAGAUCUGAAGAACGAGGGAGGAUCUAGGGAGAGAGAGAAGGAGAAAGAGAAGGAAAAGGAGGGAGAAGGGAGACGUAUUACAGACCUGGACCGUUAGGAGGAAGCAAGAGAAAAUAAAUCAUUAAGCUUAUAUUGGGACAAAAGUUUACGGGCGCAGACACCAAUCCUGCUGGUUGAUAAAGCGGGACUGAAUGUAAACCCGGUUGGUAGACCGCGGUCAGAGGCGCGAGGUGUUUAUAUCAUAGACCGGGUCCGGUGCAAUUAAGAGGCCUGCAGGCCUCUCACCGGUUGGACCCUUGCCUCGUCUCUUUAAAGACAUGUCAUUAUUUAUGUAAAUCCAAUCUUUGGGAAUCUGAUACUGAAGACAGGGUCUGGGAGAAAGGGAUAGUAUAAUUUACUGCAUGCUGUAUAAAAAAAGAGUAUUCUGAUUGUACCUUCUAUGUGGUUUUCGGGAAACUGUAGACUGUGUGUGGCCCAGGCGAUAGGCUAUGAGUUUCAGUGAUAGCUUAUGUGCGUUCAUGUUUUGGGGUAAUACAUUUCUAUAUGUCAUUCGGAGCUGGAUAUAGGAAAGGAGAACUCUCCAUGGUCCUGAAUCCAAUGUUUCUCCUCAGAAUUUUGAAUGUAUGGUACUUUUACCAACAAAUGGACGGACUUAACCGUCAAUAUGUGCCAACUGUUGCUAUGAUAAAACGUUAUGUUUUAUAUGGUACUCUCAAAAAUUAUAAAUCGUAACAAAUGACUGUGUUUGCGUCCCGGCACUGUUUUGGGGAAUGAUCAUUCUGACAUAUGCAGGGUAGACGUGGUGAAAGGCAUCCAUUGAAGUCUUUGCCAUGACAUUGUCACAUCAAACAAGCAGUCUUAUGUCGAGUAGAAAAAAAGCCUCCUCCAAAUGGUUGCGUUUGAUUCGGCAUGUGGACAGAACAAGACUGAGCAAGACACCCACUGCAACAGGCAAUCUGAGUCAUGUUCCCAUGCACGGCAAGUAUGCAAGACCUGUUCAGUCAUAAAAACGGGAGACAGCAUCUCUUAUAAAGGUUGAAUAAGUAAGCCUAGUUGAUCUUGAUUUGCAAGUCUAAUCUGCUUCUCAGUCAUGCAGAUGUUUAACACGGUAUGCUGCAAUCCACACUAGCAGCCUAUAGCCUGUACCGAAUUGGUUCGAUAAAUGUAAGGUCAAAUUCAGAGGGGUCAACCUCUGAAUACAGGUAUUACGUAUUCAACUGUGAUGGCUUUUUCAGUGCGAAAAAAACGCGCUUCCACUGCAAGGGCGGGCGAUUCAUUACAGAACAUGGGCGCGCGCUCCCUGCGUGGUCGCUGGCCAUGGUGCUGUAUCCGUGCAGCCUCGCUGCAGGUGCUCCACAAAGCUAAACGCACAAAGCCAUAGUCCAUGGGUGACAUUAAAUUAAUCGCCUAUUGACCACCAUUUAAUUAUAGUAAUCUUUAUCAGGUGUCGGUGGUCUUCAUCAUCAUCAUCAUCAUCAGUGAACAAAGUCUCCAACCACACCUGCCAUUUCUUAUUGGCAAUGUCACCUGUGAUCAGUGUGUGUGUGUGUGUGUGUGUG